AUGCAGGAGCUCACUACAAAACCAUGGGUAAGCAUCGUGGCGGCAAAAAAAGUUCCAAGAAACACCGUACUCAUCGCCACAACAGUUCCAGUCCACGUCACUCCUCCAAACACCACAAAUCGCAUCGCCACAGUAAAAAUCGUGAACGAUCGACUGAAAGAGAAUAUAUACGCAGGGAAUCUUCGAGCACAGAUGAAAGAUCUCGUCGUUUUGGAGACACCUCAUCUCGUGUUAGUUUUUAAUGUUACAGAUCGCACUUCAACACGUCACAGCAACAAUCAUCGUCAGGACGACUCACCAAACGGUCAAGGGACCUCAUAUCAAAAUAACAGUCACGAUCUCAAUGUCUACCGCCAAGAAGACGGACGCCGUCGCUUCUGUGAGACACCUCCUGAAGACCGUUCUCCAGCGCGUCAUCAUGAAUGCAGGAAAUCGGAUUAUCAUGAUAAAAGUCAUGAUAAAAAAUCGAAGAAUGCAUCGCGUCACCACUCAUCAGAAAAGAAGCAUGAGAAGUGUGACCGUAAACGACGUCACAACGAACGUGACACAAGCAACCAAGGACGGUCGUCCAAAAGACACCAUAGCCAGGAACGUCAAGAAGUUAAUGAUACCAGUUCAGUUGACAAAAUUAUUCCGUAUGGAUUUGAAGAGAGUGAUGUGAAGCAUCGAAUCUCUGAAUCCACAAGGCUUCACUUAAACAUCCCAUAUGUCAAGCAAGUAACCUACUGUAACUUGGCAUACGAGAAGACGGAGGAGCCAAAAUACAUUUAUAUCAGAGGCGAGGACGGUAUGCGACAGGCACGUAACUUUAUCGAUGAUGCAUCGAUUAAAGGAGCGCAGCUCAAUUAUGAAUGGUCGAUCAAGAAUAGUCCAGAAGAAGAAGAAUGGCCGGAAACGUCCUUUUAUUAUUGGACAGGACAUAAACAUGGCCGGUUUUUCUCCUCUCCAGAUUGUGCUGCUCCGAUCCAAGAAAUGGAGAAGAAAUUCGAUGUGUCCAUCGAAAAAGUAACCGACGAGCCGGAUUUAUUGAAGAUUUCGGGUGGAUACUUUCGUGAGGUGAAAGAGCAACUAGACGAUUUAUGCCACGAAUAUUAUCUGUCUCACCUUUUUGAGGAAAUCAAAGUUAGAACAGACUUAGUAAAAAAGAUGGGCGAGCAAGGUUGCGAUCUUGCAAUGUUAGAAGACGCGACUGACAUUGUGACCGAUUUGACAAAUGGUCCUGGCUUGAUUCAAACUUUGACCCUUUUUGGCUAUCGUGAUAAUGUAGAUCAUGCGAUCGAUUUGAUUGAUGAUAUCGCGAAGCGAGUGGAUCCCCGUGGAGAAGAUAUCCGUAUUUAUGAGAUGAAGCUCAGUGCUAGAGAAAUUUCGAAUCUUAUGGGAGAUAAAGAGGACGAAGAUGAUAAACUUCUAAAAAUCGUUGAGAAUACUGCAGAUGUUAUCUGUUAUCUGAAUCCAGAUGUUCUUAAUGGAUACCAGCAUUUGAUAAUUCAAGGAACUGAAACCAAUGUGUCAAACGCAGCUACCCUAGUUUUUUGUGCCGUCACUCAAGGUGCCGUAGAGAUCACAGCCUCCGAGGCAAAAGAGUACUUGACGGAAAUUCGCCUUGACUAUUAG